AUGCCCAGGAGGUGCCGUAACGGCGCUCCUGCCCCGUACCUUCGCACUUCAACACGUGCGAGGAGUCUUGACAAGCCCAAUCCCCCGCAUAGCGCCUUUGGCACCGGUAUCAUCGUAUACGUAGCCAGAGCGCCACUUGUAAGGAGCGUGAAAGGCUCGCGGUCCCGAGGAAAACCCCCACGCUUCAUGGCACUUCCCCCUGAUGCCUGCAGUCUCAUCGUCAAAUAUGUUGCAGACUCCAGACCGACCCUGGUAUCUCUCUGCACCGUGUCCAAGCAGUUCCAAGUUGCGGCCGAACGCGCACUAUACAACACACUACACCUCACAACCUACGACCUCACCAUUUCUGUCUGCCGCCUUCUCGCGUGCACCCCACGUGUGGCUGGUCUUGUCGUCGCCUUAUCCGUGUUCAACCAGGGAGAAGAGAGCGGUGACGAGUCGGGCUCCGAGGACGACGACGCACAGCUCCCGGACGCAGACGCGGAUACGGACGCGUACUGGAGUGGCCUCGCUGGCGCCCUCAGGAACACCUCACGGCUCCGGUUCCUCAGCUUCUACUUCAGCGACGGCGGCCAGACGGAGAAAGCGUGGAUCCUCGACGGAUGCACUUUCCAGCUCCGCACAUUUCAUUGCGACCUCGCGUGGGACACGCACCUACAGAACUUCCUCGCAACCCAGAUCCGGCUUUCUGAUCUCUACCUUGCCGAUUUUCAAUCCCUCGCUAUCGCGCCGCCCAUCUCCACAUCGUCGUUCCUUCCAAAACUCACCGUGCUCGAAUGCACGUUCUCCGAAGCCGCGGCCGCACUGGUCCCCGACCGCCCCGUGUGUCGCGUCAAGACGUGCUUCACGCAUAGCCGGCUCGAGGAGAAGCGGACGGAGCUCCAGAUCAUCGCUGCCUCGCUGCGCCAGUCGAAGAAGCGUCUCCGCGCUCUGGACAUCGCGGACUCGUCGUACACCCCGGAGUUCUCGCUCGAGCUGCUGUCGCACAUCACCCACGAGCCUGCGCUCUGCGCAGAGCUCCGCUAUAUCGGCACACUCGUCUUGCCGGUCGGCGGCCAGCAGCGUUUAGAGUUCUACGGGUUCCUCAUGCGCCUCCCGCAACUGCGCUGCAUCGAGGUGGACGUAUCCGAUUGGGACCCUCCGCCGACGCAUGCUGCUGCGCUCCGCGCUUUGACACACGAGCUACGGCUGUACUGCCCGACGGUGACUUCGGUCAUCUUCGUCUUCGACUUCGAGCGCCACUACGUGCGAAUGGAGGGCCACCUCGCGGUGUAUGACGAGGAUGCCCUGACCGACGGUCUCUGGCGCGAACUCUGACAUUUGAGAUCCGGUAACCUAAUGAGCCACCCGGCACUACCGACACGCUUCCCUUCUGACACCCGGUAGAUUACAACCAUGACGCUAUAUGGCUUGCAUGCUUCUGGUGACGUUCUGUAGCCCUUCCUCAUAAUCUUGCUGUAUCUUUAGCUACCCACGUUACUAUAU